UUGUUUAGUUGUGAAGUUCCUUCCCAUUGGCUGUGCCAUGUAAUUGCCUGCUGCAGAGUGAGUCAGAACAGUAUUGAGACCCGGCCUCUCCCUGCAGAUGUGGACUGGGCGGCUCUGCGUGCGGUGGGUUACCGCAGUGUAACGUGAGCCCGCUCCGGCCUGCAGGCUCUCACUGUAUUUUGGGAUGUUUUACAUGGGGCAGGACAAAGACACGUUAGCAGGCGGGGGGAGCCCAGCCUGAGCAGAUGUUCCUGCGGGAGAAGAAGAAGAAGAAGAAGAAGAAGAAGAAGAAGUGAGAUUAUUUCUGCAGAAGAAGAAGGACACAAAGACGAUAUGGCUGAAGAUGUCCGUGGACUCUAAAAACUCCUGUGUUUUGCUGUCAUCGCGAGACUCCAGGACUUCCUGCGUCUUCCAAAACGAAGACGAGAAAGAUGACAUCCCAGGAGUGGGAGAGGAGAGCGUCCUGGAGAUGCUGAGCUACUCCAAGUUCUCCAACCUGGAGACAUGGCUGUGUAUGCCGUCCUCGCUGCUGCUGCCCAGGGCCCUGGACUCCACCCGCACCUCCUCCUCGUCCUCCACCUCCUCACAUGCAUCCAACCACUCCUCCAACUCACAGCCCAUCUCCUCCUCCUCCUCGUCCCCGGCCUCCGUCUCCCGUCGCUCCACCUGCAGCGAUCCAGGAGAGACCGCCGCACCGCUCAGGUCUUCAGAGAGGGACCCCCCCUCCCUCAGCCCUGCGCUGGGGAAGGAGAUGCCAUUCCUGACCACGUCUCCCCUCCCCAUCCUCUCCUCCACCCCGGCUGGUGGACACUGCACCCCCCACAGCGGGGUCAGCAUCAGGAAGCGGCGACGGCUCGCUGCCAGUCCUGGAGGCCUGCACUGGACCUCUGCAGGUUCGGUGCAGCGAGACUUCUGGUCACCUGAUCUGUCGCCCGUGAACACGACAGCAGGCGGGGGUGCGAGGAGCCUCCCCCUCGCUGAGGGAGGCGGGGCGGCGUGGGCCGGCGACCGGGCGGCGCUGAGGAAGGCGGUUUCGGUCGAUGACCGUCUGCUGCAGCCUCACCUGAGACUGCUGAGCCGCCUGGAGAGAGGCAGGAAGAAGCUGCGCAACAAACAGCUCUGCUCCAGUCUGUCUUCAGUUGAAGUCCAGCGAGCGUUCGAUGCCCACGCCACUCAGCUUGUCACUCACCCGGUGGGCGAGCCUACGAGGUGCCAGAGCCGGCGGCGGGCGCUGCCAGCCUCCCUCAUCUGCAGGCUCCUCGCCCGGCACAUGAAUGCCGGCUUUGCUGUACUAAUUAACCCGCGGAGAAGCCAACAAGCCCGGCACAUAUUAAUGAAGGAGAGGUCGUCCUCUGACAUUACAGAGCGCGUCCUCUCACGCCAACACGCCGCACGUCUUGACAUUCACAGAAAUACCAUCAGGCUGAGAGAGGAGGCGAGGCGGCGGGAUGAAGGUUGGAUCCAGCGCCAGGUCAGCGGAGACGAGCAGCUCCACGCCUCUGAUCUCCUGAUGAAAUUCGCUACCAUUAAACUUUAUUUAUAA